AGGAGGUCAGACAAUCUGGAGCGCGGCUUAUGUGAGGUGGGUAGGACUGACUACUAAGAAAAAAGAAGAGGAGGAGGAGGCUGCGGAGAAGGGCGGAAGCGGUGCAGGGAAUUACGGGUGGAAGACCCAAAAACGGACGCCCAGGCUCGAUAUUUACAGUAUGAUCCAAAGCUCAAUAAUACCAUGGGUUCUUACAGACUGACAGCAAGGGAGCUCUGUGAAAAUGAUGACUUGGCGACUAGCUUGGUGCUUGAUCCAUACCUAGGAUUCAGGACACACAAAAUGAACGUAAGUCCUUUGCCUUUUAUAAGGAGACAGCAUCACUUGCGGGAGGCACUACAUACAUUCCGGAAGAAGAGAGACCUGGAGGCAGCAUUCCAUUCAUUUAUAUCUGGGGCUAACAAUUUUGUCAAAAACAGGAACCCGCAGCAGGAAGCCUUGCUAAAGACUCAUAUAUUCCGAUAUCUGCGAAUGUUCCUGCCAGAAAGUGGCUUCAUGGUCCUACCUUGCAAUCGGUACUCCUUGGAGACUAAUGGAGCUAAAGUGGUUGCUACAAAACCUUGGGUAAAGAAUGAAAAAAUUGCCUUGCUUGUAGGCUGCAUAGCUGAGCUUACCAAAUCUGAUGAGAGCCUUCUUCACUUUGGUGAAAAUGACUUUAGUGUUAUGUACUCUACCAGAAAGAAGUGUGCUCAGCUUUGGCUUGGUCCUGCAGCUUUCAUUAAUCAUGACUGCAGACCUAACUGCAAGUUUGUUCCUACUGAAGGAAACACUGCUUGUGUAAAAGUUCUCAGGGAUAUCAAACCAGAAGAAGAAAUCACGUGCUUCUACGGAGACAGUUUUUUUGGGGAGAAAAAUGAGAUGUGUGAGUGCUGCACUUGUGAAAGAAAAGGAGAGGGUGCUUUUAGGAUGAAAAAACUAGAAACUUCUGCAUCUACCUCAUUGGAGAAAUACCAGCUCAGAGAGACAGAUGGCCGUUUGCAAAGGCUGAUACGUCAAAGUUACAAACAAAACCAGAACAGUUCUCCCAGGAAGAAAAAGCGGAUCUCCGGUUCUAGGACAUCUGUCAGCUGCAAAAAUAGCACUUCUUCAAGCCUCAGGUCUCCUCCUUCAUCUCCAUAUACCUGCUCUAGUUUUUGUAAUAAAUCAAAACUUCUUAAAACAGUGAAGCCGGUGUUGCCCCAAGGGACCAUUUUGAAAGAUGUUCGGAUUCUCCUACAUAACAUCAGAAAGUGUCGUCAAGGUUACCCUGAUUCACAGACACAGAGCGAGAGCCAGUGUUGUAAACUUGGAAAGGAAGUUACCGUAAGACUUAAAAGGCAAAAAAUCAGUCCUGAAAAGCUGAGAUUCGGUGCAUCCUCUUACACCGCACAGCAACCGCAACACUGUUCAUCUCCGUCAUCUCAGCAAGCUAGAACAAAUGCUUUGGUUAAAGAUGCCAAAGAGAGUUCUCUGUACCAUACAACUUGCAGUGAAAAUAAUUCGGAAGAGGAAUUUUUAGUGGAAUGUCGUAAAACCAUCUCAGCCUGCAGUGGUGCACAAUCUAGCAGGCAAAUAACUAAUGCUGUUGACUCCCAAAUGGUGGAAAACAUUGUAUCAAGUACCUUAGCAAAGUCUGACUGGCAAAAUGGACAAAACAUUGAUGCUGAUCUCUCUAUGGGCCAUCCACAACCUAAUGCUGUAGUGUCCCCUGUAGACUCUACUAAAUCACAUUCAGAAAUGUUGUUACAAGUCCAGGAGGCUGAGGAUUUGUCACUAGCUGCUUCUGUACCUGAGAACACAGCAAGUAAUGGUACAGGCUCCUUCAUAUUAAAGUCUGAUCUUUUUUCACCCCAAAAACUUGGACUGACUCGAUAUGUCACUGUAAAUCUGAGCAAAUCAAGAGUUAUGGUACCUGAAAACACAAGUACUGUAAGUCCACAUAUUGCAAGGAAUACUUACCACUUCAAGGGUACAAACAGCCCAGGUUCUGGACCUGCAAACGGUCACCUAAAAAUAAAGACAACCACAUUGGUUACCACUGCACACAGUGCUCCCACUGAGCAAUCCAGUAAAAGUGGGUCACCAGAACCGCAAACUAGCUCAUAUGCAAGGAGUGUGUUCUCUUUAAGAUCCAGACCAGCACAAUUGAAGGAUAAGAAAGGACUAGUAGGAAAGGAAGGAAAGGAAAGUCUGAUCAAACCACAGAAGGGACAUGUGGAUUGUAAUGGUCAUAUAAAAGCCACAAACGAAGCUGCAACUGUUAGACCUCAGAAGCGUCUUUCUGCUCCACACAAGCUGUUCAGUGUUGAAAUGCAGUUAGACCCAAAGUUAUCCUUAGAGCCAUAUGUAGAACUGGGUUUUAACAAUAAUCUCAAAAGGAGGCAUUCUGUUACAGGAGCACACGAGUGCCUGGUGCCAGUAAGAGAGGAGGCUGUGAAGAACUUGUACACCUCACAGGAAACUGAAUUACUGAGUGGUAAAGGCAAGAAGAAAAAAGUGUCUUUCAAUCCAUUCACACCCUCUAAAAGACUCCGUCUUGUAGUCACCAAUGGAUCCAUUGAUCUGGACAUUGCGUCCACGUCAAGUGAUGAAUUCAACUGAGACUCCUUCUGUCUCCUACAUCAUUCCCUUGUUAUGAAUAUAUGAUUCCAAGCAUUGCUUAGAUGGUGAAGUAGAGAGUUUGAGGGUAUCAUGGCCCCUUUUUUUUAUUUUUAGUUUUAUUUUUUAAUAGUCACUCUUAAGCUGUCCUAAAAGAUGAUUUACACACCAGCUUGCCUUAGUCUCUAUAGCAGGUGGAAAUCUGAAAUAGCAUAAAAUCAGGCUUUUCCCAGGAUUCUAAACGGACACUUCCUGUUUAUCAUAAACUUUUUUUCCCAAUCCUUUUUAUGUAUUAUGCACUCUCAUUGGUUUAUAUAUUUGUUUUACUUUGCGUUAAUAAUAAUAAUGGUGCUAAGUUGGAUCUGAAAGACCUAUUUACUUUUUGGCAACAAAAUUUGUAUGUUGUUGCCUAAACAUUUCUCUAUUGUUGUACAAAAUGAACAGAAUACACAGAAAGUGUUGCUGUUUCUCAUGGUCCUGUACAAUGGUGCACUCUAUAAGAAAGGAGACAAUGGUUUGGUGCUACACUAUGGUGUAGCUCUGAUGCUCUGCCUCAGUCAUACAUACUCAGACCCACCCAAGUCUUUUUAAGCUUAUACUACACCGGACUUUAUUUUAAAUAAAGGUUUCCAAACUCUUAAA